AUAUCUCAAUGGCCAAACACCCUUCACCAUAGACAACAACACCUACCCCAUCCUUCUUUCUGCACACUCUCCUUCUACUUUUCUCAUCACUCAAAUCAGAAUCACUGCAAGAAAACAUGGCAACUCGUUUCAUGUUAUCUUCUCAAUCUUUUCCGCUUAAGCCUCACCAACCCCUCCAAAACACCCCUCCAUUCCCUCUCACCAAAAUCCAUUACACAGCACCAAGAAAUUUGAUCAGAGGCAAGAGGGUCCACAGCACAAGCAAGUAUGGGAACUUCCUUGGUUUGAGGCCGGAGCACCAACCUGAAACCUUAGAUUUUGAUCUUCCAUGGUGCCACCCUUCUGAUCGCGCUCAUUUUGAUGUGAUAAUCAUUGGUGCUGGCCCUGCAGGCAUAAGGCUCGCGGAGCAAGUGUCCCUCUACGGAGUUAAGGUUUGUUGUGUUGAUCCUGACCCUCUUUCUGUGUGGCCUAAUAACUAUGGUGUGUGGGUUGAUGAGUUUGAGAGUCUCGGUCUGGAGGAUUGCUUGGACAAAACAUGGCCUAUGGCUUGCGUUCAUGUCAAUGAUUCCAAGACCAAGUAUUUGGAUCGUUCUUAUGGGAGGGUUGGUAGGAGGAAGCUGAAAGAGAGGUUGAUCGAAGGGUGUGUCUCAAAUGGGGUUAGAUUUCACAAGGCAAAGGCAUGGGAGGUGGAGCACCAAGAGUUUGAGUCUUGUGUUUUGUGUGAUGAUGGGGUAGAGUUGAAGGGGAGUUUAGUGGUUGAUGCCAGUGGAUUUGGUAGUCGUUUUAUAGAAUAUGAUAAGGUGAGAAACCAAGGUUAUCAGAUUGCUCAUGGUGUUUUGGCUGAAGUUGAAGAACACCCUUUUGAUUUGGAUAAGAUGGUGUUGAUGGAUUGGAGGGAUUCUCAUUUAGGGAAUGAGCCUUCUUUGAGAGUGAGUAAUUCAAAGUUUCCAACUUUCCUCUAUGCAAUGCCAUUUAGCUCCAAUUUGGUGUUUCUUGAAGAGACUUCACUAGUUAGCCGUCCAGUGUUGAGUUACAUGGAAGUGAAGAAGAGGAUGGUUGCAAGGUUAAGGCACUUAGGCAUUAGAGUGAAGAGGGUGUUGGAGGAUGAAAAGUGUUUGAUCCCAAUGGGAGGACCUCUCCCAAGGAUCCCUCAAAAUGUGAUGGCUAUCGGAGGCACUUCUGGGGUAGUACACCCUUCCACAGGGUACAUGGUGGCUAGAACAAUGGCUGUGGCACCUGUUGUGGCUUUUGCUAUAGCAGAGUGUCUUGGCUCCACCAGAAUGAUUAGGGGGAAAGCGCUUUAUGCUAGAGUUUGGAAUAGCAUGUGGCCAAUUGAGAGCAGAAUGGCGAGGGAAUUUUACUCUUUUGGAAUGGAGACUUUGUUGAAGCUUGACUUGAAUGGAAGCAGGAGUUUCUUCAAUGCCUUUUUUGACUUGAAACCUUACUACUGGCAAGGGUUUCUCUCUUCUAAGUUGACUUUACAGGAGCUUCUUUGGUUAAGCAUGUCACUCUUUGGACAUGCCUCAAACCCUUCUAAGCUUGAUAUUGCCACAAAGUGUCCUCUGCCAUUGGCUAAGAUGAUGGGAAAUAUUGCUUUGGAUUACAUAGGAUGAUCUAUGUGGAAGGUUGUGAAAUCCAUGUGUAAGUUUUUAUCUGUCAUCAUAGCAGAAUUUUCAAGCUGAGUUUGCAUUGAUAAGUGUUUGCACCAGAUUUCUGGAGUCUAAAUUGAGGCUGCUUAGAAAACUUAAUCAGUUCAAUUGAAUGAAAUAAGCAUUCACUCCUUAUGCACUU